UCUCUGCUGCCUCGGAUGACAUGUGGGCCCAAGACUACCGCUAAACAAUUCUGAAGGUGGAACCUCUAGAAGUUUCUCCAUCAGCGGCCGAAGCAUUCCCCUCUGCUCCGCGCUCGUUCCACCACCUUUCAGAAGUUUCCAUCACCUUCCAGACUCUCCUCCGGCGACCUACAUAAACUCCCUCCUCCUCCCAUCGCAUCACCACCGUAAAAUUCCACAAGAUUCAAGAAACAAUCCAACGCAGUCCAACCCGAGGAGAUCGAUCGAGCUCGAGAUCAGCCGGCAAGAAUGGCGGGCAUGGUGUUCGGCUUGGAGAACCCGAUGAUGACGGCGCUGCAGCACCUGCUGGACUUCCCGGAUGGCGAGGCCGGCGGACUAGGCAACACCGGCGGCGAGAAGCAGGGUCCGACACGCACCUACGUCCGCGACGCGCGCGCCAUGGCGGCCACACCGGCCGACGUGAAGGAGCUGCCGGGCGCGUACGCGUUCGUGGUGGACAUGCCGGGGCUCGGGUCCGGCGACAUCAAGGUGCAGGUGGAGGACGAGCGGGUGCUCGUCAUCAGCGGCGAGCGGGGGAGGGAGGAGAAGGAGGACGCCAGGUACCUGCGGAUGGAGCGUCGCAUGGGCAAGAUGAUGCGCAAGUUCGUGCUCCCCGACAACGCCGACAUGGAGAAGAUCUCCGCCGCGUGCCGCGACGGCGUGCUCACCGUCACCGUCGAGAAGCUGCCGCCGCCCGAGCCCAAGAAGCCCAAGACCAUCCAGGUCCAGGUCGCCUGAGAAUGAGAUGCGUGGUGUGCGCGUCGAGUCGAAGCAGAGUGUCGUGUCGGUUCGUGUGCACUGGUGAUGGUUUGAUGUCGCGUUGAUGCAAAUGGGGAUGAUCUUCGGCUUCGCCUGAAUAAAACAUUUUCUAAUGAAAAAUUCAAGAUGCUCGUUUCUACUCGGUGUUCUGAAAAUUCAGAAAGUUGCGUUUGUAGCUUAACGGAAAACUGGAUAAGACCAGAACAUGUGGAAUAGCAAAAUUUGAAAGAUCCUGUAUGUCUUGG